AUGAACAAAUCACAAGCAUUCUCGUGGUCGCGUCUCAUCCUCAAUCAAGCCAUUAAAAAUCCAACCAAAGCCCCACUCCGCUUCUCCAGGAAAAUCUCCACUUCCCCACACUUUCUCACCUCUCAUGCGCCCAAGCCCUCGUUUUCGUUUUCUGGGAAGACCCAUUAUUCCACAGUAUCAUCCAGAGCGGCCCAAGACCUUCUUGCCGAGGUAGAGAGAGAAAAGCAGAGAGAAAGAGAGCAGCGGAAAAGGACUGGUCUGGACACCAAAGACAUUGAUCAAGAAGAUGAGGAGGACUACUUGGGUGUUAUACCAUUGAUUGAGAAGCUCGAUAAGGAGAAGCUCAAGGGGGAUACUGGGGACUUGAACUUGUAUGAGGAGCCUACUGAUUCUGAUAGCGACGAAGACGACGAAAGGUUCACGCCCGAUGCCGUCAAGAAGAGGUUUGAUGAGUUUCAGAAGAAGUUUACGCGCCACGAGGAGUUGCUCAAGAACUUCACCGAGGCUGGAACACUUGAUGAUGCUUUUAAAUGGAUGAAUAAAAUUGACAAGUUCGAGCAAAAACAUUUCCGGCUUCGCCCUGAAUAUAGGGUCAUCGGUGAGUUGAUUAACCGUCUCAAAGUAGCUGAGGGCAAGGAUAAAUUCAUUCUCCAGCAGAAACUAAACAGGGCUAUGAGAUUGGUGCAGUGGAAGGAAGCCUAUGACCCAAACAAUCCUGCCAAUUAUGGAGUCAUUCAGCAUGAACAAGUGGAGUCCUCAGUUGAUCUCUUGGAACAUGCUGGAUUUGAAAAAGAAAAGCAAAUUAUACGAGGAGUUGAUGACGAUGACGAUGAAGAGUUCAAUGACAUGAAGGAGAAAGAUGACAUACUGUUAGAGAAACUUAACGCGAUUGACAAGAAACUUGAAGAGAAGCUAGCAGAGUUGGAUCAUACAUUUGGGAAGAAGGGUAAGGUUCUAGAGGAAGAGAUCAGAGAUCUAGCAGAGGAAAGAAAUGAUUUGACAGAGAAGAAGAGAAGACCCCUCUACAGAAAAGGCUUUGAUGUUAAAAUAAUCAAUGUGAACCGAACUUGUAAAGUUACAAAGGGGGGUCAAGUGGUCAAGUACAGUGCCAUAUUAGCUUGUGGGAACUAUCAUGGUGUUGUUGGUUAUGCUAAAGCAAAAGGCCCAGCAGUCCCUAUUGCUCUUCAGAAGGCGUAUGAGAAAUGCUUUCAGAAUCUACACUACGUAGAAAGACAUGAGGAGCAUACAAUUGCACAUGCAAUACAAACAACUUACAAAAAAACGAAGGUGUAUCUCUGGCCUGCAUCCACUAGGACGGGUAUGAAAGCGGGAAGAACUGUCCAAACCAUUCUAAACUUAGCUGGUUUCAAAAAUGUCAAGUCUAAGGUUGUAGGUUCAAGGAAUCCUCAUAACACAGUUAAGGCUCUCUUCAAAUCCCUUAAUGCGAUUGAAACUCCAAAGGAUGUUCAAGAGAAGUUUGGCCGCACUGUUGUUGAGAAGUACCUGCUGUGA